AUGGGUCCCUGUACGGCCUCCCAUUGCUGCUGUCUCCAUCGCCACACUCUGCCAUGUGCCACUUUCAGGUCUCCUCACACUCCUGCUGGUUUCCAUUUUGUCAUAGGUUGCUGGCAGAUUACAGGCCUCCCAUAGGUGCUGCCAGGCCCCAAAUCUGCCAUGGGCCCCCGUACCGCCUGGUCACGCUGCUGCUGGGUCCACAGUGUGACAUGGGUCCCUGUACCGCCUCCCAUUGCUCCCACUCUGCCAUGUGCCACUUUGAGGUCUCCUCA